UCCGGUUCUCCCUCAGAGCCGCCAUGACCAAGAAGAGGAGGAACAACGGGCGUGCCAAGAAGGGCCGGGGGCACGUGCAGCCCAUCCGCUGCACCAACUGCGCCCGCUGCGUGCCCAAGGACAAGGCCAUCAAAAAAUUCGUCAUCAGGAACAUCGUGGAGGCUGCUGCAGUCAGGGACAUCUCCGAGGCCAGCGUCUUCGACUCCUACGUGCUGCCCAAGCUGUACGUGAAGCUGCAUUACUGCGUCAGCUGCGCCAUCCACAGCAAAGUGGUUCGCAACCGCUCCCGCGAGGCCCGCAAGGACCGGACCCCCCCGCCCCGCUUCCGCCCCGCCGGAGCUGCCCCCCGGCCCCCCCCAAAACCCAUGUGAAGACCCCCAGAGAGGACCCCCGGAACCGCGGGACCCCCAGAGCAGCAUCAAUAAAGGAUCUGCCCCAAACCGCUCGUUUUUUGGGGGUUUUGGGGUGUCCUGA